GGGUUAGGUUUCUUGAAGCUGGAUACAUAUUGACCAUGAAAUGUUAGUAAAGAAGUUUCUUCCCCUUCUCAGGAGUCAGGGCUCUGCCUGGAGUUUGCAGUGAUGCCUGAGAGUCCCCACACCGAAGGGCAGGGUAAUGUAGUUGGAGGAGUUGUGUGCCAAGGCUGGGCUGGCUGUGACUGUGACCUAGAGAAAGGGCAAGGCUGGGAAUUGAACCGGGCAGGCUUCCCGGAGGAGGAGGCGGGGCCAGCUGCGUAGAACAAAGGAAGGAGUGGAUUUUUUUGCAGGUGGAAAGAGAUUGCACGGAGGUUCAGACUAGGCUGAAAACAUCCUUCCCCUCACUCCGCCUACCCCAGCCUCUCUCUCUCCGGUCCUGGGCCUUGCCUGCAGGGUCCGGGGGAGCUCCAAGUGGCGACAGCGCUGUCUUCCAGGCGGAGCCUUGCUGUGGGCUGUACGGCCGGCCAGAGCUCCCUCCCAGCGGGGGGCUCCCGCAGCCCUUACAAGGAGUUUGGCGGCUCUCCGGGCGGCCCCGCCCGCCAGCCUCCACGGGCCCCUCCUCCCGCCCGGCUGGGCCGGGCCGCGGGAACGCAACCCUCUCCGCUCUCGACGCCGGGCCCGGCGCGGACAUCGACGGGCCCGAGAGCCCGCGAGUGUGAAAGGAGCCGGCGACUAGCUCCCUAGGGCCCCAACAGGCGGGCACGCGGCUCGGGGCCCUUCGGCAGAGGACUUGUGACCUUCUCAGCAGGGUCGCCAUGUCCUCGGUGUUCGGGAAACCCCGCGUGGGCAGCGGGUCGCAGAGCGCGCCCCUCGAGGUCAACCUGGCCAUUCUGGGACGCCGCGGAGCUGGCAAGUCCGCUCUGACCGUGAAGUUUCUGACCAGGAGGUUUAUCAGCGAAUAUGACCCCAAUUUGGAGGACACCUACAGCUCCGAAGAGACAGUGGACCACCAGCCUGUCCACCUGAGGGUUAUGGAUACUGCAGACCCGGAUACCCCCAGGAACUGUGAGCGCUACCUGAACUGGGCCCACGCCUUCCUGGUGGUAUACAGCAUGGACAGCCGCCAGAGUUUCGAGGACAGCAGCAGCUACCUGGAGCUGCUUGCUUUGCACGCCAAGGAGACACAGCGCAGCUCCCCUGCCCUCUUGCUGGGCAACAAGCUGGACAUGGCCCAGUACAGGCAGGUCACCAAGGCAGAGGGUGCAGCCUUGGCUGGCAAGUUUGGGUGCCUGUUUUUCGAGGUCUCUGCCUGCCUAGACUUUGAGCAUGUGCAGCAUGUCUUCCACGAGGCCGUGCGGGAGGCACGGCGGGAACUGGAGAAGAAUUCCCUGCCCCGGCCCCUGUUCAUCUCCGAGGAGAGGGCCCUGCCACACCAGGCUCCGCUCACUGCCCGGCAUGGGCUGGCCAGCUGUACCUUCAACACACUUUCCACCGUCAGUCUGAAGGAGAUACCUGCCGUGGCCCAGGCCAAGCUGGUCACUGUGAAGGCAUCCCGGGCCCAGAGCAAGCGCAAGGCACCCACCCUGACCCUGUUGAAGGGCUUCAAGAUCUUCUGAGGGCACCCCUAAGGAUCCCAGACUUAGGGGCUGUGCAGGGCUGCAGGAUAGGGGCUGACUUCUCACCACUGGCUUUCCCUCUGAUGGAACAAUAGCCCUCGCCCUCUGGCGGACAGUUGAUCCCUCUUCCAGCACCAAGUAAUUUCCCUGACACCCAGUUUACUGUGUGAGCUGGAGGGACAGGCAGAAUGCUGCUCUUAGUCCCUCCAGGCCUUGGUUUCCAUGGUAACCACUGCCGUUCCCCCACCCUGAAGGGAAGUAGCCACAAGACAACACGGAGACCUGGGUCUGGCUGAGGUGGAAGGAAAUUGCAGUGUCCAUCAUGGUGCCAUCACCCCUUCCUGCUCCAGCAACAGCCAGGCCAGAUGUGGC